AUGUGUUUCUUGCUGUCACUGUGUCAAUUGGUUGGGUUGGCAUUUGCUGCUGCUGUUGGUGUUACCUUUUUGGUUCUGGGAUGUGCUCUUCCGCAGUACAACAACUGGUGGCCCCUGUUUGUGUUGUUUUUCUAUGUGCUGUCACCAGUACCAACCACCAUUGGAAGAAGACUGGCAAACAGCUUUGAGUCUUCCAGUGCCUUAAUCGAAUUGUGUACAUUUUUCACAACUGGUAUUGUUGUGUCAGCGAUUGGACUUCCUAUAGUGCUGGCUCAUGUUAAUGUGAUCCAGUGGGGAGCAUGUGUUCUUGUGCUUGUAGGAAAUGUGGUUGUGUUUCUUACAAUACUGGGAUACUUCUAUGUGUUUAGCAAUGAUGACUUUGACUAUAACAUGUGGUGAGUUGAAUCAACAAAAUCCACAUUUCUAAAACGGUCAUCAAAUUGGUGCCAAUAUGGGUCUGUAUAUAUGAUGGAAAACACCUGUUACCGAUGCAGUUUACCGACAAAUGACUGCACCACAGUAAACCUGUUCGUUGGAACAGAAUAUACAUCUUCCAGCAGUGAUUGCUAGUAACAAAUGAUAUCUUACCUGUAGUGUUGCUAGUAACAGAUGCUAUUUUCUCUUUAGUGUUAAAACAAAGAGUACAAGUUAUAGUAACAAAGAGUUUUUAUCAGCAUGAGUAGUGAACAAGGUCUAGCUGAGGAUUUUUCAUCUUUGAUGGGUUUGUUCCUUCUGAUGCAGGGCGCGAACUUAAUGAUGACACCAAUGGCAAUUGCCGUGGUACAGGAGCACAUUUAUGCCACUAGAUAAAAAAAACUGCCAUCGUUAAAACUCCUCAAUGACAGCAAAAUGGAUAUAUCUGGUUUAAAUUAUAUGCCAGUAUUUAACAUUUGUACUUUUGAAAUACACAUGCAUGUCUACAUGCAACAAAAUAAUCUUUCAGUCAUAUUUAUUUGCUGCAAAAGUCACUUUAAAAAACCCAAAUCUGUUGGGAGGCUCCAAAAUUGCCGUCUGUGAACCAUUUCACCCACAGCAAUUUAUUUAAACGUUGCCGUGGGUGACAGCUUCUUAAGUUCGAACCCUAUGAUGGCUUUAUGUGUAUCCAGCUGGUGACUGGAGUACACUGGAUUCGUUAUGGCUGAUAAAUACAUGUAUAUACUGAAGACCAAAAGAAACUCAAAUCAGUGUUAUGACUUGUUUGUAAUUGUAAUAGGUUUACUCGAUUACAAAGGCUCAAUUCAGUGAAAUGAUAAACGGUAUAUCAACCUGUAAUUAUAAUGAAUCUCAAUAUUUUUUAAUUGCUUCUUAAAAAACCCAAAUUUAAUGUUACAGCUAUAAAUUAUAUUCAUGUUUCUUCUGGGGUUUUCAGUACAUGUAUAUGUCUGGAAUACAGCAGUGGUAGUAAUGAUAUGUGUUUUCCUGGUUUGUUUAUUGAUAAUGGAUAAGUUUGAUGCUUGCUGUUGUGAAUUGUCAUUGUCUAAUAAUGAUCCAGAUUUCUCCUGUGAUGCUGCAUCAGUGUUCGGCAAUUUGAACUGUUAAGACUAAGUAUAGAUGACUUAAGAGGAUUGGGGUAUAAGACAUUGCUUUUGGUGUGAAAUUUUUUUAAUUGUCCUAAUUUUUCAAUUGAUUAUUUUUUUUAGCAGCGAUGAGUGCUAAAACAUAAUGGGCCUUAAAAUAAUUAUGUUAAUUAUUUACCCAUAUGCUGGUCCCAUAUGGGUAUUCAUAUAUAUAUGCAAAUGUGCUGGGGGUUUUGUCAUUCGUAUAUAUAAUUAAACAAUUCUCACCUUGCCCCAAUCUAAUUAAAAUUAGAUCUACUGGUAUACCAGUAGAUCUAACAGCAAUGCGUGGACUCCCAUGUCCAGGUGACAUUUCAUC